GUCUGCCUCUGAUCUGUCUCUAAUCUGCCUCUGCCUGGCCUCCUUUGCCUCGUACAUAGAGUAAUUACCUCACUACCUCACUGCCUACCACGCCCUACCCACACACACACUACACUAUACACUCCACUCCACUACAUGAGCUUCAGCCCAAAAAAAAGCACGCACACUACACUGCUACCCUACCCUACGCUACAGCUACCGAGUACCUCAUCGACAGCUUCAUGAGCACACCUACCUACUUGUAGCCGCCCCUCAACUACGUCCCCGUCCCUGUCCCCGUCCACGUUCCGACUGGCGCCCUCCUCAUAUGGCCCGUCCGCCAGCUCUGAUUGCUGGUCCACUACCAUGACCAGAAAGGAUGUUCCCUCGCGCCUCUCGACUGCGACGAGCUCCAGCACUGACACUAUCAAACCCGCGCCUUCUUUGUUCCGAGGCACAUCUCGGCGAGGUGCCCCAGUAAAUGUAAAGACAGAUUCGAGAAAUAAGUGAGUAUUCAUGAAGAUCUAGGGUCGACGUCAGAAAGUCGGGUUCUCAGAAAUACCAAAGAAUUCCAUUGUCUCAGACCUUUCCCGUUCCCCGAGCGGAAGCUCUGCUCUUGUUCUUUGACUGACGGGAGCUUGCAUUGCGCUGGUCAUAGUUCGACGAUCGAUUCGGAAUCUCAAGUCUCGCCCACCUCCAUCGCACCGCGACCUUCAGCAGCUUCUCCCAAUGUAUCCCCGUGGGAACAUAGAAUGACCGACUUCGGCAACUAUCGUCGUGACCUGGCGGUGCUGGAAACAUCGNGGGGGGGGGGAAGCAGUCGUAUUCCGCAGAUCCACCACAAUCCACCCUCAGCUCAAACUUCACCCAACCCGAUUGCGCCUUGGAUGUCGAAUGGAGGUGGCAGUGGAGGGGGAGGCGGAACACCAGCGAGCACCUUUGCAACCAGCUUCUACAACGACUCGAGCGAUGCCUUGUCGCAAGCUUCCCAAUUGUCUCCGGCAUUUCGCCCUGGCACUGGAUUUACUGGAUAUACCAAUGUCAGCGAUUCGCCCUCGGCCGACGUAGAGUUCGCAGAUGAGAGACGCCCAUCGGUAGCCAGCGUGACGACGGCGAGCAGUACGGGGUCCAAGUCGAGCGUGAGUCGGGCGGGCAUACACAAAAAGCUACAUACCUUCUUUGGAGAAGACCCGGCGAAGGAGGGGUCAGAUACCAGCUUGCCUUUACAUGGAAGGGAGCACCGAUCGCAUUCAUUUGCUCGUAGCCACCGCGAGCGCAAUCACUCUGCGACGACGGAAACAGCACAGAGAGAGGCAUCGCCAGCGCCAUCUCGACCACGAACCCCAAUACCAUCCAGUGAUGUCGUACCCUUUCUUUAUCAAGAUUCGCAGGUUAGUGACUAUUUCGAGUUCUCUCAAAAAUCACUCCAUCAUGCCGAUAUCAUCCCGGGGCUUGGAGAGUGCAGCUACCACCAACUUCCUCAUCUAGCCAAGCCUACCCCUGUGAAAUAGCGGGACUACAAUUAUGAAUUGGCUCUUGAAGAAAUCAUCGCCGAAGCAUUGCUAAUGCACAAAUUUAGGACAUCACGAAAUAUGGAGAGGCGCCCGUGAGAGAAAAGCUUUCGGGUCCUGAUCGAGAUCGGUACGAAAACGCAGAUAACUCCUCGAAGAACUCGUCACGUUCGGUACAUCUACCUGGUCACAAUCACAGGCACAAUCGAAGCAACGAAGAUACUCGGCCUCUAAGGCCUACGAUGAGUAGGGAGAAUUCGGCGGUCAGCACAAGGCACAAAGAUCGUGGCCCAUUUGCGUUGGGGACGUCUAUGGGAAAUUCGUCGAAUAAUAGCCUGGCAAAGAGACCCUCGAGUCCUACCCCAAGUAGCAUGAGCGCAUACAGUUCAUCCACGGCCAAGGGGCCCCCGAAUGAUAGAUCCACAUCACCAACGAGAGAGACGACAAAGAGAGGUUUCUUAGACCGACUUCGAAAGGGCAGCAAAAAUAAAGAAGGCUCGUCUAAAUUGAAGGAUCUUCCCGCCUCCACCCGGUCUUUCAAUCCUCCGGCGCCGAAAUACAAUAAUGAAAAGAUCCAGGACUUUCAGGACUAUGGUCAGUGGGGUCGAGAAGGGAGUCUGGCCGGGUCCGAUAUCAAUCUCCCAAGAUUAGACAAUGGUCCAGCCGGGCGCGUGCCGGCUAGCAGUUCGCGACAAAGAGCUGUGAAUAAAUUUCCCUUCCGAAAAGGCAGAGGGAAGGUGGCGGAUGAAUCGGAGUUUGCGCCCGAUUCCAAUUCACGAAAUCGACAAAUCGCGGGGUCAAUAUUCAGUUUAGACAAGGAUCUUUCUAAUAUGGAAGGAAUCCUGGCCAAACCAGUACCGUUAACUCCUCUCCAUAACAGCAUAUUCGACGACGAGUCUGGGAUUGAAGGUGAGGGGGUCGCAGGCGCUGGUGCUUUAGGUUGGGAUGCUCCUGACAGUUGGGCAGUCAAGAAAGUACAAGACGACAACAUGGGGCGACCGGAGGGGAUAGAUGAGGCCGGAGUAACACCCAAGGCAGAUCAAAAGGGGCCACCAUACUGCAUACGGAUAUUUAGAGUUGAUGGAACGUUUGCAACGCUAUCUACCCCCUUGAACGCUUCCGUGGCCGAGAUCAUGAACCAAUUGGGAAAGAAGACAUACAUGACUGAUAGUCUGGAAAAUUACCAGAUUGUGAUGAAGAAGCAUGAUCUCCAACGUAUCCUAGGUUCAAGUGAGCGUCCAGUAGUGAUACAGAAGCGUCUGCUCGAACAAGCUGGAUAUCAAGAGCAGGACAAGAUUGAAGACGUAGGUCGUGAGGACAACAGUUACCUCUGUCGAUUUUCUUUCGUCCCCGCUCGAGAAACCGGUUACGCCAGUGUAACCAAUGAUCCUGGGGUCAGCCGGGUCCAAAAGUACAGCCAUGUUGACUUGUCGGGACGAAACCUCAUCACCAUCCCAAUCGCUCUCUACUCCAAAGCCUCCGAAAUCAUAUCCCUUAAUCUAUCACGAAAUCUCUCUCUUGACUUGCCCAAGGAUUUCAUACAAUCUUGCCAAAACCUUCGCGACAUCAAAUUCAUCAACAACGAAGCAUACAGGCUCCCACCUGGUCUGAGUAGAGCAAAUCGACUCACUAUCCUUGAUGUGUCCAACAAUCGAUUGGACAACAUCGACAGCGCUGAGCUUGCCAGGCUAGAAGGCCUCAUAAGUCUAAAGCUUGCCAACAAUCGCCUGCGGUCAUUGCCCGAAUACUUUGGUGGUUUCAAAUCCCUGAGAACACUCAAUGUGUCAUCAAACUUCUUGGAAUAUUUCCCGGAUUUUCUGUGCAACUUGACGGGGCUUGUCGACCUUGACAUGAGCUUCAAUGGAAUCUCUAGUCUCCCAGACGAGAUUGGCAACUUGAAAAAUCUGGAACGGUUUGUCAUUACCAACAACCGCCUGACGGGCGAGCUUCCAAGCACAUUCAAAGACCUCUUGAACUUGAGAGAAGUCGACAUUCGUUAUAAUGCAAUCACUAGCAUUGAUGUGAUUGCUACUCUUCCAAAGGUUGAGCAAAUUUCUGCAGACCACAAUUACGUGUCGGUUUGCGAGUCGCAUUUUAGUAAAAUUCGUAUACUUCGCCUAAAUUCGAAUCCAGUCACGAAAUUUGAGAUACAAAACCCCGUACCGACUCUCACAACCCUCAUUCUGUCCAAUGCAAAACUAGCACACAUUCCCGACGCUGUCUUUGACCGUAUGCCAAAUUUAGUAAAGUUUGUAUUGGACAAAAACCACUUUGUGUCACUGCCCAGUCAUAUUGGAAAGCUUCGCAAGCUGGAACAUUUCAGCAUCGCCAUGAACGCUUUGAGUAAUCUACCUUCCGAGAUUGGUUGUUUAACCGAACUCCUCUUCUUGGAUGUCCGACAAAACAACAUCAAGAAACUUCCUAUGGAAUUAUGGUGGGCAAAUAAACUUAAGACUCUGAAUGUGUCCUCCAAUGUCUUGGAUAUUUUUCCAAAGCCAGCUUCACGAGCCCCACGAGUUCCAGGCGAUACUUCCCCCGAGCGAACGCCACAACCUAGCACAAACAACAAUCAAAACAACGCAAAUGUUGAGGAGCUCGGCCCCCUCGAAGCAUUUGGUAACCGCCGACCAAGUCAAGCUUCCGGUGGACUUCUUAGUGUUGGCGGGUCCCCAGUUCCUACAUCUGGAGACCGAAAGGGCUCUGUCGUCUCCUUAUAUGGAAAGGGUGGUAGGAAAACAUCGGUUGUAUCGAGGAGCGCAUCCGAGACGACUCUCGGGACGCUGACACCACCUGCUGCAAGCGCACGAAAAGACUCUGCCGUGUCGAAUAGGUUCUUCAAUACGUUUGCGAACUCUCUUCAAAAUCUCUACUUGGCUGAAAACCAACUUGAUGAUGACGUAUUCGACGAGCUCAGGUUGUUGAGUGAGCUUCGUAUUCUUAAUCUCUCGUAUAACGACCUCAAUGACAUGCCUGUGGGAUCUAUCAAGAGCUGGCCAUCUCUGGUCGAGCUCUAUCUAUCUGGAAAUGAGCUCACUUCUCUACCUUCGGAUGACUUUGAAGAAUUGAGUCUCCUGCAAGUGCUGCACAUUAAUGGCAACAAGUUCCAAACACUUCCUGCCGAACUGGGCAAAGCACAUCGACUCGCUGUCUUGGACUGUGGGAGCAAUUCGCUCAAGUACAACGUAUCCAAUUGGCCAUACGAUUGGAAUUGGAAUUGGAACACCAACCUUAAAUAUCUCAAUCUCUCAGGCAACAAACGUCUGGAGAUUAAACCAAAUAUCUCAAGUACUCAAGGCGGUCGUGAAAUACCUGAUCUCACAGACUUCAGUGCUCUCCAGCACCUUAGAAUUCUGGGCCUGAUGGAUGUGACAUUGACAAUUCCAACAAUUCCUGAUCAGACUGAAGAUCGCAGAGUACGCACUUCGGGCUCGCUUGCUGGCCAACUAGCAUAUGGAAUGGCAGAUACUCUAGGUAAGAACGAUCAUCUGUCAAUUGUUGACAUGGUUGUUCCAAGAUUCAGUAACGAUUCUACUCUGCUGGGCAUGUUUGAUGGCCAAUCAUUGUCGAAUGCCGGAUCAAAAAUUGCACGAUAUCUACACGAGAACUUUGGAAACAUCUUUUCUGAUGAGAUACGCAAGCUGGUUACCCCGAAAGAGACUCCUGUGGACGCCUUAAGGCGAGCCUUUCUCUCACUCAACAAGGAUCUGGCAACGGCAGCAGCACAGUUUACUGAAGAACGAUCGAUGACAACUCAUCGAGGGUCAUCGUCAUCUGUGGUUCUCAGUCAGGCCGACUUACGCUCCGGGGGUACUGCUACUGUCGUCUUCCUGCAAGGAUCCGAGCUCUAUGUUGCAAAUGUAGGAGAUGCACAAGCGAUGUUGAUUCAUUCGGAAGGAAGCCAUCGCAUCUUGACCAGAAAGCAUGACCCAGCAGAACCCGGCGAGCGUCAACGAAUUCGUGACGCUGGGGGUUGGGUCUCUCGACAAGGAAAAUUGAACGAUAUUCUAGAUGUCUCCAGGGCUUUUGGAUACGUUCAGUUGAUGCCAGCCGUUCAAGCUGCACCUCACAUUACCCAUAUUACAGUCAAAGAACAAGAUGAAAUGAUUCUCAUUGCAUCCAAGGAACUGUGGGAAUACUUAUCCCCAGAACUGGUGGUAGAUGUCGCACGAAAUGAACGAGGUGACCUCAUGCGAGCUGCGCAAAAACUUCGGGAUUUGGCAAUGGCUUUCGGGGCUACCAACAAGCUUAUGGUCAUGAUGAUCGGAGUCAGCGAUCUGAAGAAGAAGAUUCGACCUCAUCGUGUUCAAAGCUUGUCUUUCAAUCCAUCAGCUCUCAUAGACGAGUAUCCUUCAGCGAGACGUCCAAAGAGGGUAAAGGGUGAGGACAUCGAGGACUCUAAUCUUCGUAGACUUCCCGCUGAACUACAGGCACCUGUCGGUGAGCUUGGUAUCGUCUUUACCGAUAUCAAGAGCUCGACAUUCCUUUGGGAAACUUACCCUAAUGCAAUGCGCUCAGCAAUCAAACUGCACAACGAAGUCAUGCGGCGUCAAUUGCGCCUGAUAGGUGGUUAUGAGGUGAAAACUGAAGGUGAUGCUUUCAUGGUUUCAUUUCCCACCGCUACUUCGGCGCUUCUUUGGACCUUCGCAGUUCAGCAAGCACUUCUGGAAGUUGAGUGGCCUUCUGAAGUUUUGUCGAGCAUGCUGGGUCAAGAAAUCUAUGACAGUGACCAGAAUUUGAUCUUCAAAGGACUGAGUGUCAGAAUGGGAAUACACUGGGGAUCACCCGUGUGCGAGAAUGAUCCUGUGACUCGACGUAUGGAUUAUUUUGGUCCAAUGGUCAAUCGAGCAGCACGUAUAUCCAGCGUUGCAGAUGGAGGUCAAAUCACCGUUUCGGCAGAUUUCAUUUCCGAGAUCCAGCGAUGUCUUGAAACCUACAGUGACAGUGAUCGUAACAACUCAACUGGUUCUGUUGAAACCCUGGAAAAUGAUAGCAUGGCGCUCUCUAUUCGUCGGGAGCUUACUAGUCUUAGCACCCAAGGCUUUGAGGUGAAGGAUAUUGGAGAGCGGAAGUUGAAGGGGUUGGAAAAUCCUGAGUACAUCUACCUGAUGUAUCCUCAUUCUCUUUCUAGUCGUAUCCAAUAUCAACAGCGCAUCGUUGAUAUUGACAACGCUGCGGCUGCUGCUGACAAGGAACAGCCAGCUUCACUGUCUCAGAAGACACAAUUGAGUAUUGAUACUGAUACUGUGUGGUCGCUUUGGGCUGUUAGUUUGAGACUCGAGAUGUUGUGCUCGUCAUUGGAGGGGGUCAAGGGUAAAGGCACGCCUUUGCAGGCUCCGGAGACUGCUGUGAUGGAGAAUAUGAAGAAGAAGGGUGGAGAGGUUACUGAUCGAUUCCUGGUGAACUUUAUGACGCAUCAGGUUUCCAGGAUUGAGGUAAGUUUCUUUUUUAGGCUUCAAUUACAUUGUGCGUCGACUAAUAUUCGUGAUUGUAGACUUGUAUCUCUGCACUUGCUACUCGCCAUCUUGCAGCUGGUAGUCCGCCGAUUCAUAGUCUGGAUCAACUCCGUGCACCGAUGGCAGAUGUUCUUGAAGGGUUGGGAGCACAGUUGACGUUGUUGCAACAGUAUAAAGCGAAAUAUGGGGAUCUGAGAUGAAGAUGAUGUUUGGUUGGAAUGAAGACAAUCAAUCUAUGCUCUAGUGUUUUGCAUGCGUCCGGGGUGCAUGCCGCUUUCCGGGUUUGGGAGAAGAGGGAAACUGUGUGUGUUCGCCCCAGGAGUUGGGGGAGGGGAGAUGAUGUAUAUCCCCAGCAACUCACGGCCAUGGGUUUCUUUUUUAAAUAAUUGGAUGAGAUAAAAUGGGUGGAUAGAAAUCUU